CGCGUCCCAAACAAACCAGCAGACCCAAAGAAGAACCGACUUCUUUGAUGGAAAAACGCGUUCGCGCGGGAACUUUUCUAAAUUUGAAUAAUUAUUAAUUUAGCAGUGCGAUAAAAGUGACAAAGAUUUUUAAGUGAUUUGAGUAUUUGUAUAUGGAAAUCGUUUAUUGGCAUUAUUGGCACGGACUGAAAUGAAUAUUUCGUCGCGUAACAGGAUAUUAUAAUUCAAAUGUAAAAUAUUAUUCUUUUGAAAAUGACUAUGGAAAAUGAAGAGACACCGGCCCCUGAGCCUGGACCUAGCAAGAUUCAGGAAGGGGAAAAUACACUUGCUGAGCCCAAACCGCCCGAGUCGACGUUGAGCUCUCAAAGAUAUGGUCGCGAAGAUGAAGAAGUCAUGGGUCUGAAAUUUUGUAACGAAGCAGUCAUGUGUUUGAGUCAACUUUACCCACCUCCCGAGCAAUAUUUAUACGGGAAAACACCUUUACAGGAAGCCCUUAUGAAAAGACUGGGUGCCAAUGCUUACCCAUUCACUAUGGAAAUCACUCCGCUGGCGCCUCCAAGUGUCCAAUUGGUACCAGCGAAAGAAUACAACGGUGCGCCAAUAGGAACCAGUUAUGACGUUAGAGCAUAUGUUGCUGAACGAAUAGAUGAGAAACUCCACAAACGAACCACCGUGAGGAUGGGAAUAAGGGUAGUCCAGAGAGCAUUCGCGCCACCUUCGCCGUAUAGAUACGUACCUGGUGGCGGUAAAACGACCAAAGAACAAGCCAAAAUGAACAGAAAAGCUUUGCUGUAUGGAUGCAAAAGUGCGCUACUGGAUAAUCGGUUCUUUUUGCAUGAUUCUGGCAUAUCAAGAUCAGCAGAAACAGUAGGCACAGCGCAAGAAAAUCCUCAACAAAUUGACAACGAAUUUCGAUCUGCGCACAGAUCAAUGCCGGAAUGUCGUCGUCAUGAUAUUGAUUCUACUAAUGAAGAUUCGGAAAACAAAAGUCCCAAUCUAAAACCAAUUGGUCACGUGAAGUUCGAUGAAAGACAAAAGCCGGACGCAGGACAAAAAGAUUCACCGAUGGUUAAUGGACAGGGAAGUGGAGAUGGUGACAAACGGAACGAAGAUUAUAACGAUGGCCUCGACAAACGCAGAAUGUCAUUGAAAUGCGGCGGACCGGAAGUGAGAACGGACAGCGUCGAAAGUAACGAGGACCGUAUCUCCGACUAUUACCGUUCACUCUGCAGUGCCAAGAGACCAUCGAUGGCUGCGUACGUGGCGGGAGUUCCGAAUCCUCACGCAAACGUCGAAAAACCGUUUCUACUCAGCGAUGGAAAAGUGUGUCUGAGUGCUUCCCUGGAUAAGGGUAUUUAUUCUCACGGCGAAGACAUACGAGUGUCUGUACAAAUCAAGAAUAAUAGUAGCAAGACUAUAAAAAGGAUAAAGGUCUUUGUGGUUCAACACGUUGACGUCUGCAUGUUUAGCAAUGGCAAAUUCAAAAAUGUCGUAGCCAUGCUCAACGAUAAAGAAUCAUGUCCUAUACCCACUAGCUGUACCCUCAAUAAGACUUACACUCUGCUUCCAUUGAAUAGCUCUACGAAAAAUUGGAUAGCUUUGGAAGAUACUUAUACCAAAUCCAGUUCUAGCUUGGCUAGUACUGUAUGUUCUGUCACUGGAAAUGCUGAAGAUAGAAAUGUUUUUGCUAUUUAUGUUUCUUAUUAUGUUAAAGUUAAACUUCUUGUAAGCGUAAUGGGAGGUGACGUCAGCUUGAAGCUGCCCUUCACUCUAAUGCACACCUGCAACGAUUAUGACGGUGAAACCCUGACAAAAGUAAAAAAAAUCGAAACCGAUCAAAUACCUCACGUAGUGGUGGAAAUCAACAAAACUGAUAAUAAAUCUCCUACCAACACCAAAGAACGUACACUGACAGAAUCUGAAGUUCCCAAAAGGCCUAGCACAUUGCACCUGUGCAAAAAUGGCGCUACUGAUGAUGCGGAUAAAGAAAAACACCAUCAAAACCUGGACGAAAUAAUCAUCAUGGGCAAAUCAGACUCUGAAGUUGAAAAUUUAUCCACAAUAAUCAAGCAAAACGGCGCUCAGCAUUUGGACUGUCGACAAACCGGUGUCGGGGAAAAUCACGGCGCUUUCUUUAGUUUAAGUCGUGCGUUUUGCUGUUUAAGAACUAGACGCAGCUCAUAGCGUCACAAAGGUGACGUUUAUGUGGUCUAAAUGUUUUUCUGUAUAGUGUUUGUUUUAAGUCGCUAAGAGUAUACAGGGUGUUGAAAAGUUUUGAAAAUAGAAUCCGCUGGUUGGAAUUCAAUCUUCUGUAUAUGUACAUGAAUAAUCUGCAGGUCAUAUUGUAUUUAAGGCUGUAUUUUUAAGAUGGAAAAUAAAUUAUUCUGUAUAAUAUUUAUGUAAGAACAUAUACCUAGUUUUAGGUGUAACAAUUGUCACCAGGCAGAAGUUUCUUUGAAUAUUCCUAUGAAUCUAUGAAUUGUUCCAAAAUGAUCUCAAUAUAACUUCAAUUUACAUUCAUGUAAAUACAUUUCUUGCAAUCCCUAUUUUAGGAAAAAAAAAGCUCAUUCUGGCAGAACUUAUAUGUUUUUGGAAUCACUUAUUUCAAACUAUUACACUUUUGUCGUCUAUAUUGAUUAUAGAUAAAAUAAAAUUGUGUAUAUUAUUCCUAUCAACAAAGUGUUUUCUAGUAAUGUACCUAAAAAGCUAAUUUUAUAUACCGAAAAAUUACCUAUUUAAAAAUAAUAUUGUUCCAAGUUAAAUAUAGAUAUUAUAAUAAGUAAUUU